GUAUGAGCGUACAGUCUGUCUCGGGUCAGUGCUUAACUUGAUCGCAAGGUGGUAGCACCGAGUACGUUUUUCUAUGCUUCUUCUGUAGAAAGCCGAUAAUUGCCAAAACGUUUUGCAAGGAUGGCGUGUCUUUUGCUGAACCAGGAAAAUGUGCAUAUUAAGAUACCAUCGGCUGACACUGUCGACGGUAUCACUUAUUACUGCAUCGAGGUUAGGAUUGCUUCGAUCAAAUGGACUGUCAAGCAUAGGUACAAUGAUUUUGCAGAGCUUCACGAUAAACUCGUCUCAGAGAAUUACGUUAAGAAGGACAUAUUGCCACCGAAGAAGCUUAUCGGAAAUAAAUGCGAAGCUUUUGUAGAAAAACGCAGACUGAACUUGGAGAUCUAUCUGAACGAAGUGUAUAACUAUUUAAAGAAAGCAAUGCCUAGAGAAUUAGCUGUAUUCCUGGAUAUGCAUAUAUACGAUAUAUUUUUCCUACUACAAAGUAUGGCUUUAGAGUUUUUUACAGAGGGUAAUAAUUUGUUACAAAAGUCCAAGACUUACAAGUUUAAUCUAAUACAGCUGUAUGCGAUCAGCGAGAGAUUGAAACAACCCUGUCCACCGAUCGAAGUUGUUGACAGGAAAUAUGACUUCAGUCACGUUUUGGAUUUCAAUUCUCAUUUAACUGGUUUGAUCGUCGAAGGGAGCCCAGAACCUUAUAGAACCAGCAAUAUAUAUUCUUCCGCACUGUCCAUCGAACUAUCAAGUUUCAAAAACAUAGAAGAUCUAACUAUCAAUCAGUAUCCAGUGGAUAAAAUAUACCACAUGGGCAACCUUCGGGACACGGUAACAUAUUUAAAAGUAAACAACACGAAGCUUAGAACUAUCGUGGAAUUGGCAAUGUGCGAGGAAGUGCACAAAAAUAUUGAAAAUGCGAAUGAUUCUCAUGUCUGGUUCAAAGUCACUCACCUAGAUCUCAGCGAUAAUCGAAUAGAAGUUAUAGACGAAGCGAUUAAAUUGUUACCUCAGAUAGAAUGUUUAACUUUAAAUAAUAAUCUACUAUCUGAAAUUUCGAACGUCACUCUUUUACCGAGGUUGUCCCAAUUGUAUCUAGCGUCGAACAAUUUCACAACUCUACCAGACGAUCUGCAUACGAAACUCGGUUAUAUAGUGUACAUCGACUUGUCCCAGAACAAAUUAACCUCGUUAUCGAGCUUUUCGAAAUUGUAUUCGUUGGAGGGUUUAGACGUGAGUUGCAAUCGUAUCGAGAAGAUAGAAGAAGUAAAGAAUAUCGGGCAUCUACCUUGUUUGGAGAAUUUGAGAUUGACCGGAAAUCCAGUGUCGACGAUAGUCGACUACAGGGUGAAAGUGUUAGAACCGUUUGGCAAAAGGGCUGCAGAUAUCUGUUUAGACAAUGAAAAGCCAAAUCAGAAAGAACUGGACACCGUUUCCGUUCAUCAAGCGUUACGCAUUGCGAGAGAAGGAAAAUCGCCAACGUUCACCGCAUCGGAUGCGCCUUUGUUCUCCGCGGAGAUUCCAAACAUAUGCAUAGGAUCUGGUAAAUUAUGAUUCCACUUGAAACGCUAAAAUUCCCUUAAAGAACACUUUGAUAUGAAUUUUUAUAAUUGACCCAAAUUAUUUUUGAAAUACAAAAGAACCUUUUCAUGCAUUUAGAUUUUGAUGAAGCGAAAGUUACCAAGGAUACCCAUAUACAUUUCCCUCCUCCCCUCUCCCCGUCCAUGAAGUGAUAUUACCGCGAGAAUGACAAUUUAAUCGAUUUAAAUGAAAAGGUUCCUUUGUAAAUGAAAUUAAUAUUCUAUUUAAAACGGCGAACAUCAGAACUAUAGUUCUUUUAUACGCUAUUUAUUAUCAAUCUAUCGCGUCGGUGCUUUAUAUUACCUUUUAACAUAUGACGAUAAUCUAAUCAGUAUAAUACGUGUACCAAAAUAAUAAUCUAUUAUUUAAUCUAUUAAGCCUUAGAUCGUAAGCCUUAGAUGUCUUUAUUCGAUCUAUCAAUCAAAUAAUACAAAGAUUUGAACGUCAUACGGGGUAGUUAACCUGUUAGGUACGAUUGAAUUUUGUGCUGGUCUGUUUUCCGGUACAGAGGAGUUUCACGCGAAUUACGCGUAAACGACACGUACGAUACGUAAAUUACAAUUUUUCUUAAAGAUACGAUGUAUAUACUUUAAUAAUUUAUAUUAAUAAUUAAUAAUACAAUUGAGUGCGAUAUAUUUUAUAGCCCGAUACGACACAUAGACCCACGUCACAAUUUUAAUACUCAUAGGCCAAUGGUGUUUUUCAAAUUGCUCUUCGUUUUUUAUUUUGAAGCGACAUAUCGAGCUUGAAAAUUCCAAAAAAUUAUAAAGAUACGGAUCGGCGUGUCAAAAUAAUGGCACAUCAAACAACGGUAUAUUUAUUUUAACAAAAAGCAACGAUUGAUACCUGACACUGGUGUUAUUAUCAAAAACAAAGACUAUAUAUUCCGUUUAUAUACUUUUAACAUUGUAAUAAAACAUUGCGAGGGCAAAAAAGGUGUGAAGCAAGGCAAAUGAAAAUGAUCAGUUUAGUUUAAACAGUUUAGUUUAAACUGUGAGCGAAUGAGUCAGUAGAGCGAACCACUAUAGUGGCGCGUCGUAAUAUAAAAUGACGUACGCGUAAACCACUAUAUAGCGGCGCAUCGUACCUAAGAGGUUAAAAAGAUAAACUGUCUGUCUGUCUGUCGAAGGAUAACGUGCCACUUAUCUGUGUAAAAGUGAAAUUCGCAAGAUUCUGCUGUGUAAAUAAUUAUUUUUAAAUUGUAUAUUGCGUGUUAUCGUCAUAUAUUUUUUAUACAAACUCGGAAUGCGAAAUAGAAAGAUCGGGUAAAUCGACGAUGCGUGUUUAUUUAUAAUUUAUUAUAUCGAAGAAUUUGGUUCGUAUUAACGGAUAUGAUUAACGUAGCGAUUCUCAAACUCUAUUUAUACCUUGAGUAAUAAGUGUAAGUAAUUAGCAAUUUAGAAAUAAGAGAAAGAUUCAUUUUAGGAAUCGUUGUUUCUAUGAACAAUGAAUCAUUUUAAACGAUAUUAAUUAUUGUGUAUUCGUAAAUGCGUUAUUUAAAUUGGCCGUAUCAUACGCUUAUGAUACAAACGACGAUAUUAAACGACUAUUUCUGAGAAAUCUUCGAUUGGAUACGAUCAAGCGCAGAUUUAUUAGUUGUUAUUCGUUGUUUAAACUUUUAAGUCGAUGUUAUUUUGAAAGGUGUAACGUGUUCGGUGUAACAAUUUUAUAAUGGUUUAACACAAACUAUCUAUAUAUGUACAUAAGAAGAUUACAUAUUUUGUUAAUAAAGAAUUCAAAAUCAAUAAACUGUGAUAAUUCGUUGGUAAA